AUGCCUUCUGGGUUUGGACUUCAUGGACUCAAUCAACUCGAGGGCAAAGACGAUAUCGAAGACCCCGUGGAUCUGGUUAAGACUGAGGGCAUCAAAACACGUCACCACCACUUGGCCUAUGAAGGUGGAAGUAAUGCUUCGCCCACACAGGAGGAGACACAGAAUUUCCCAUAUCACCCAUCUGCUACUGUGCCAUCCAAAGGUGCGACUAAGAUUGGUACGCCGAUGAGCAGCAGUCUAAAACCCAGAAAACAUAUGCCGGGAGGGCCACAGCCAGCAAACAAUCUUUGGGGGAAUCAUAACGGAAGUGGAUCGCGCAAGAGGAUGAAUCCUAAACCAUCUAUUGAAUUCCCCAAUGAUCAACACCGCCCUAGGAAGCAGCAAAAAAUGAUUUCAGCUGUAGAUCAAGCAUCCGAAGACAGUGAUGAAAUCAUGGAGGUAUCUCCUAUUUACGGGAAGAAAAAGGGCAUGCAACAGGAGGAACUGGAAAAUUUGCCACGGUCAAGAAAUAUCUCAAAAUAUUUUCCAGAUGAUCAUGAUUUAUCAGAAGAAAUGGAGGUAGAUCCUAAGAAACCAGAAUUUGGCAAAAAAGGAUUGAUAGAGCCAGAGCGCUUGCCCAAUAAAAAGGAACUUAGAGGAGAUGAAGGAUUCAUAAACAGCAUUAACCAGCUUCCAGAACUGCUUAAAAGGGGGACAACUUCGUCGUCUAGGGGACGCUGGAGCUCGCGAGGCGGAGAGAGCUCACGGGGUGGGGAUAGCAAAACCCUCUCCCAAAUGAGAUGGUCGGCGAAAACCUACAAAAGAUCCGCCAAGCCUCCUCGAGAACAAUACAUAGGCCAGUGUAAAAACUUUCGCCUUCUUUGCCUUCAGGCAGGCUUAGAAUCCUAUUCCAAAGAGGAUUCGCCCGAUUUAUCCAUCCAGAUCCGGAUAUCGCCUUGCCCAGAGAUAGAAUGUUUUCAGGGAAAGGAAAGGGUGCGAAAAAUCGAUCUAACUGAUCAUAAAGCAAUAAAAAAAUUAUAUGUCAACACGCCUAUUCGAAAAUUUGCAAUUCAAAUUGCGCAGAGAGUCACGAGUGAAGCGGAUCGGACAGUGAUUUUUGUCUUAGAAGACAUUGAGGAUAUUGAAGACUGCAAAUCCGCCUUUAGGAAUGUUGGAGUCAUGCCUUCGGAGGCAGAAGAAAAAACACUCGACAAUAUGUCUAAUAAGCUCAAAGAUUGGGAAGACCGCCGCCAGGCGAAUACUUCUGAACCACAAGAGACUGAAGUUACUCGCCGAUACAAUACCCAUGAAACCAAAAAGCUAUCAAGGAACUUUAAAGUCGAAAUUCCGGUCCUAAGGCGAAGCCCAAGAAGAACUAGAGCGUGCAGGGUAGAGAAUGAAAAUUCCAAGCGGCCUAGAGCGCCCUCUACGGAGGAAUUCGAAUAUUCUUCUCCGAUAGAAACGCAGUCACCGAAACCAAAGUUGGAAUUGCCCAAGCCACCAUGGGAAACUCCACUUGUAUAUCCCCCUAAUGGUCCUAGAAAAGAGGUCAUUGAUUACGAUGAUUUAAAGAGACUUAACAGUAAUUCAUAUUUGAAUGACAAUAUUAUCAAUUUCUAUCUAAAAUAUAUAGAGGUUCAACUUGGUCACAAGAAUCCUGAAGUAGCAAAGGAAACCUAUUUCCUAAACACGUUUUUUUACGAGCGAUUGACCAAAAGAGAUGACAAGAAGAAACGGGACAUUGAUUCAGUUCUCAAAUGGACUGCAAAAGUAGACAUAUUCAAAACCAGUUAUAUUAUCAUCCCAAUAAAUGAAUCGACACACUGGUAUCUAGCCAUUAUUUGCAACCUUUGCAACAUUGGACGAAAGAUAAGCGACAAGGCUUUAGACUCGCCUGGUGGAGGUGGUUCAAUCGACUUAGAAUCUAGUCAAACAUUAAUCGAAUCUAAAAGUGAUGGCCCAGAUGUAUUUUCAACAAAUACUUUGGAUACUAGUGGUGUUGCAGAAUCACUCGUGUCAAUGGCACGUGAUGAUGAUGAUGAUGAUUUAGAGAUUGUGGCAACACAGGAUAAUCUCGAACAUAUGGCCCUCGAUGUGGAGUCACCCAUGGAGAACGAAGGAACGGCCAAUACUAAUGGCACAGAAAUCAUCGACGUAGAUUCUUCCAUACAGAGAUCUAAAUUCAAAGGCAGGAGCAAGCUAAAGGCUAAAGCCAAGUCACCGCUGAAGAAAAUAAAAAACGCCAUGCCACCUGAUACACCAUCUAUAGUCAUACUCGAUUCUAUGGGAUUUGGCCCAACAGCCCAUAACGGAACGAUCAGAAAUCUUCGAGAGUGGUUAGUGGCCGAAGCACAGAAAAAGCGAAAUUUAAGGAUUGAUACCGGUGACAUUCAUGCUGCCUUUGGCAAGGUGCCCAGUCAGACCAACUGGUACGACUGUGGGUUAUUUCUACUACACUACGUCGAGUUAUUUUUCGAGCAACCAAUUGAAUUCACCACCUUAUUUCUCGCAAAAGCGGAUCGCGUAUCUGAUACAGCGUUUUGGCGCAAAGAAGAAAUUAAGAGGAUGCGUGAGAAGCUUUUCCAUCUUUUCGUUCAAUUACAUAACGAACAAGAGGCAGUGUUGUCGAAACAGAAUGUCUCUCGCCAAGAGUUGAAUGAAAAUGGGAGUUCAAACCAAAAUAUGGCGGAAGGAAGCAAACCUUCUCCAGACCUGAUGAAGGGUGUGGAGGACUCAGAACAGGAUAAAGACAUGCAAGACACGCAUACAGGCUCUGAACCCAUAACUGCGGGCCAAGAAUCUGGGUUCGAAAGGUUCAAAGGCGAGCUAGGGGAUCUUUUCGCAUCCGAUAGGAAUCUGGGUGAGCGCAACAUGGUACGGGUCGCAGAUAAGGUUGUAUUUCAGCCAAAAAAUCUGGAGGAGACACCCAACAGCACUCCACAAUCUAAUAGGAGAAUAACCCUACCAUUUCGAAACGGUCACGACGGUGAAGGUGUGGUCACAUAG